ACAGUAUGUGAUGACAUUUUCAUUUAUUCACAUUUUAGCAGUUUCUCUUUUCCUGAGAGACUACACAGCAGGUUAAAUACCAAUAGGGAUGUAUGGCUCAAACCCCCAAACCACUUACUGAUGGACUGUUACAGUACAUUACACUGGUGAUUUAGUUUAACUUAAGAGACAAAAAUCAUCAGUUGAAACAUGGGACUGCAGUCCCAAUUAAUUAUUGAGGAAAACAAUACAGAAUAGAAAGAAGAAAAUAUUUGAUGGAUAUAAUUGAAUGCAGUUAUUCCCAACCUUGGUCCAGGGGACCCCUUGUAUAUGCUGGUUUAACCAGAGUUGGAAUCGCAGAAUUUUAACAAGCUGUGUGGUCUAAGAGGGUUAAUAAUAACUAGAAAUGACAAGCACAUAAUUGAGAAAAAUUGUCAGCUUGUUAAAAUUCUGGGCUUGCACCUGUGGUUGGAACAGAAACCAGCAGACUCAGGGGUUCCCCAGAAUGAAGGUUGGGAACCACUGAUUUAAUGAAUGUAGCACUACAAUUAGUAAACCGAGAAAUAAGAAAAAUUUUGAUGUUUGUUAAAACAUGGUAUAAUUGAUUAAUUCACAUUCUGGCACUUCCCUAUUUUGUUUGCUAAACUGGUUGUAUUGGUUAAUGUGAACGUAAAAAAAGGACGUCAUAGCCUGACAUAUUUAGAGUUAUGGCUCCCUCUUUUGGCAAAACUAAGGAAGUUAUCAGGCUCAGUCAUGAAGACUCCUAACAGGUCUUUUUUUUAAACAUCUGUGUUGUGGACAACUAGCUAAACCACCAAAACAUUUCGGAAAUUAACGAGCAAGUAAAACGCAAGCUUUAGAAAAUGAAUAUUCUCAAGAGGAUUCAACAGCCAAUCACCCGUACCGCAGGCUCUUCCGUAGCAUAAGCACGCAAAAACUGGCUAUAGCGCUAGUGUAGACGAUAAAAGACCGAUAUUAUCUAUGUUUCCCCUGAACAUUGAAAACUAUAUUUCUGCUUACUAACAUUAGUGUUUAGUCUCAUUUGUUACGAUUUGCCUUCAUUUUGCCAAUUUGAUGCUCACUCAAACUAUUGUAAAAAUCCUACAUUUUGUAUAAUCUACAUGAACAUCUCUUAUUAUUAUAGGUAUAGGCAGAACCGGGACUUCAUCAUUUCAAUGUUUAGUUCGCCUCACGACCUGUAAUCGUGUCGUAAAGGUUUUGUUUUCAUUCAUUCUUGAUUCUUCCCAAAAACUAAGCCCACAGGAAAUAACUUGCAAUAAAGUGUAUUACCUUCAUUCUGCUUGGAUCACUGUUCUAUGGCCUGCCUCGGCCAUUAUGCAAUACUAGUUCUCGUACUAGACUACACUGAAAUAUCUUAUAGAUUACGUACUAAAAUUUAAAACUCGGAAAGGGGUCCAGGAUGCGUGUGUGGGAUGAUGAAAACAGUGAUAGGUCGCUUUAAGUGGUGAUUGCUAACCGCUGCGUGCGUCUGGACCAAUUACCUUCAAAAUAAACACAGUAGUGGAAAGCUUUCGGAUUCUAUGGGCCUUACUUCCUUCCGUUUCGCCCAGGGGACCACUACACAUCUGUUUUAGGGGGCGAGCGCUCUCUCAAGGAUGUGAUGGAAGGUGGGGGCACUUGCUGGCUUUAAAUAGCCGCCACCAAAACUUUGGGACAUCAGAUCAACUCCGGUCUCUGGCGUGAAAUAACCAAAGGCGGACCAUUUCAUCUUCAAAUCAAGCUUUUGGACUAAUUUAUUUUUUAGACCUUAUCAUUUACGUUGGGACUAGGAUCUCACUGUGUAUCAAGUGGAACGCCGUGUCUAGCCUGAACAUGCACUCGUCAUUCCUCGCUCUCUGCUUGGCUGCUUUUCAGUGUUUCAGGAUUGUGGACUCUUUCCCAAACCCUUCUCCGCUGCUUGGAUCCAACUGGGGAAACCCCAAAAGAUAUGUACACCUGCAGACAUCUUCGGACAUCAGCAACUUCUACUUGGAAAUCCCUUUGAAUGGUCAAGUUAGGAAAACAUCGAGCAGAAGUUCAUACAGUGUAAUGUUGCUGAAAUCGGAAGCAAGAGAUCGACUGGCUAUACUUGGUGUAAAAAGUAACCGCUAUUUGUGCAUGGAUGCAGAUGGAAAUACUUUCAGCUCUGAGGUCUGCAGCAGAGACGACUGUCUUUUCCACCACAAGUUGCUGGAGAACCACUACGACGUUUACUACUCCUGCACCAGCGGCCUGGUGCUCAACCUGGAGGGGGCCAAGCAGGCGUACGUGGCGGGGAAGAACCUGCCGUCGUACUCGCUCUUCCUCUCCGAAAAGAACACGGUGCCCCUGGAGCGCCUGCUGCACCGGGAGAAGCGGACCAGGCCGGUGGACCCGUCCGACCCCCUGCGCAUGCUCACGCAGCCUGACGAGGGCUCCGACUCGCUGGCCUACAGGGAGGACGCCGACCAGGACACGGAGCUGCCCGAGCACGGCCGCGCCGUCUCCAAGGAGACCAUCACGUCCAACUUCGACGAUCCCCUGCAGGUGCUGCACGCCAUGAACCCCAGCAGUCCCCGGAUAGCAGGCACCCUGGGCUGAGGAGAGGGCGUGCGGACGGAGUGGAGGGGUAAGGUGGGCUCUGAUACAGCUGGUCUGAAAAACCCACUGUUGUUUUUUUUUUUUUUAAAGAUGUUACCAAGACAAUCUCUUAGGCUACAGUACCAGACCUUUUACCUCUUGCAUCCACAUGUUAUUGAAGCUACAGGUAGCCUUUUUUGAUUUUUGACAAAUUUCAAACCUGCUUCAGAAGGCACUUGAUUGUAGGGUUGCUGUUGGUCACGGAAACCAGAAGAGCAUUAUCAUCGAAGGCUGUAUAAAAAUGCUGUUUAGUCAAGCUUGUAUAAUGCAAUUUCCAUGAAAAGAGCAGCCUGGAAUAACAUUUUUUCCCCCAAUAGUAAUAAGAUUUUUCUCAACCAGGGCAUGGAUUAAAAUCCCAUAGGAAUCUAGAGUUGCAUGUACAGAUUGUAAUGAAGUACAGCAUUGUUGGGGGCACAACACAAAAGUGUCAAACUGACCUCUCUCUACAAGGCAAUGUCAGUACUGCUUGGAAAGUGUAUUAUGACAUCAAACAAAGUCCUUUUGUUCUUUUACCCUUUACUCCCAAAGUUUACCUUGAUAUCAUGGACUGUUGCAAACUGUUUCGAUAUUUUCGUAAUUUUAAGUGUGUAAUUCACAGAAGUUUAUUAGAAAUCAUUUGCAAUAUGCAGUCCAUUUUCACAACAAAGGGUCAUAUCAGAUAUAAAUUAUGGUUGAAAAAUGUUGCUGUUACUGUUGUUUUUUCAUGUACCUUACUGUUACUGUGUAGCUCGGCAGUGACAGCACAUAUAAAAAUUGCCUUAACAGUGUUUUUCCUUAAAAAAAAAAUACAAAAAUACAAAAAGAAAAAUUCCAUUGCCUUUAAUGGACUCUAUGGGUAAAAAGUUCUCAGUGAACAUCAUUUUUUUGUGGCAUGCGAUUUUCAAAUGUAAUACCAUGCUCCAAAUGUAAUACCUUGCUCCAAACCAUCUUUGUUAGAUUUAAACUCUGUGUAAAAGAGGUGCUGGGCACCACCAGCGGACAACGUAUCAAUCCACUGUAUUUAUUUAUUUAAAUGUAUUCAUCUAUUGUUAUUUAUAAUAUUUAUAUGUGUAUCUUAAGUUUGGAGAAAGAUUUGUCUAUGGAUUUUUGUUGACGAAUAAAUAAUAUUGAUAAGA